AGAAGCAACAUGUUAUAUGUUAUAGUAGUAUAUUACUGUAUACAUUAGCAAACAAAGCAACAAAUAGAGUAUGACAAAGAUGAAAUAUUCUCUUAGAAUACCAUGAAUUCAUGAUCUGAUAUGCUUUCCUUUUAUUUCACCAGGUAGAGUACUUUUCGUUGCCAAGGCUUAUGGCUUCUUGGUGUUGCAUCCUUAUUCUUUACUUCCUGUUUCCUCUGUCUCCUAACAUCACAACAAAUUUCGCUUCUGGUGCACCAACUCAAUUAACCAACAUCUACCCUUUCCCAUGCUCCGAUCACAUCAAGACGUGCAGCGCUUUCCUCUAUCAGCACAACAGUCUCUCAAAACAGAGUAUCACCAAAUUUUACUCUAUCAAUGCAUCAGCAAUCGAGCCGAUUAGCUACGAUGACAGACAAGACUACCUAGUAACUGUACCUUGUACUUGCAAAGAUGUUGAUGGAACUGUUGGAUAUUUCUACGACACGAGUUACAAGCUGCAGCUACACGAUACAUUUGCAAAUGUUUCUAAUGAUAUUUAUAGUGGACAGGCUUGGAAAGUCAGAGGAGAAGAAAUGUACCAGGCUGGGGAUGUUGUAACUAUGCAUCUCUUGUGUGGAUGUGUGGAAGAUGAAGAAAAAACUGUGGUGACAUAUACUAUUCAGCAGCAUGAUACUUUGUCAAGUAUUGGAGAUUCACUUUCUUCUCAAGUCAGUGACAUAGAGAACUUGAACCCUUACUUGACAAGUCCACAUCCACAGUUUGUAGAUGUUGGAUGGCUGAUAUAUGUGCCAAUGUACAAAAAUGGUGUUCCAGCUCUACCAAGUAGUACUGGAAAGAAGCACAAAGCACACAAAUGGACGGUAUUAGUUGGAAUAUUAUCAGCUGUGACAGUACUUUCAAUCUGCACUGUGAUGAUAUUUAUUCACAGGAGAAAGAGAUGGCAGAGACGCAACAAGAAGGAUCCUGCAGCUAUUUCCAAAAGCUUUAGUACUAAAAAAACCAUGUCUUUGCAGAAGAAGUACAUGUAUAAAGAUCAUACUGAAGACAUGCCAGUUUUUGAAUCAGAAAGGCAAGUAAUAUACAGUCUUGAAGAAAUUGCAGAAGCUACAAGCAAUUUUGAUGAGUCCGGGAUAAUUGGACAAGGUGGAUAUGGGAGUGUGUAUUAUGGGAGAAUUGGGAAGCAGGAAGUUGCAAUAAAAAAGAUGAGGUCUAACAAGUCCAAGGAGUUUAUAGCAGAGCUCAAAGUUUUAUGCAAGAUACAUCACAUAAAUGUGGUGGAGCUCUUGGGUUAUGCCAGCGGGGAUGAUCACCUCUACUUGGUCUAUGAGUAUGUUCUGAAUGGCUCUCUCAAUGAACAUCUUCAUCAACCAAUGCUAAAAGGUCAUAAGCCUCUAAGUUGGACUACAAGAACACAGAUUGCUUUAGAUACAGCAAGGGGCAUUGAGUAUAUCCAUGACCAUACAAAAUCUCGGUAUGUUCACCGUGAUAUAAAAACGAGUAACAUUCUACUGGAUGAAGCCAUGAGAGCUAAGGUUGCAGAUUUUGGUCUGGCAAAACUAGUUGGUCGAACCAACGAAGAUGAAUUCUUAGCGACCCGCCUUGUUGGAACACCAGGAUAUCUUCCCCCUGAAUCUGUGAAAGAGCUGCAGAUAACUACCAAAACAGAUGUUUUUGCAUUUGGAGUAGUUCUUGCAGAACUAAUAACAGGAAAACGCGCACUCAUUCGUGAAAAUGGGGAUCCAAACAAGAUGAAAUCACUCAUCUCAAUUAUUCAUGAAAUUUUCCAAGAUGAGGAUCCAGAGUCAACAUUGGAAUCCUUUAUAGAUGAGAAUCUCAGUGGAUAUUAUCCCAUGGAAGAUAUAUACAAGAUGGCAGAAAUUGCAGACUGGUGCCUAAGUGAAAAUGCAAUUAACAGACCAGAAAUUCGGGAGGUGGUUGUUGCAUUAUCUCAAAUCAGGACCUCAUCCACAGAAUGGGAGGCAUCAUUAGGAGGCGAUAGCAUGGUUUUUAGUGGAGUCUUUAACGGGAGAUGAAAUGUAUUUCAAGAAUCAAAACUCUUAAUUUUUAAAAUAGAG